ACCACCACCAUCACCUCCAACAACCCCACCAUCAGUUCAACCACCGUCACCUCCAACUCCACCACCGUCAUCUUCAACUCAACCACCAUCAACUUCCCAACCGACAACUCCACCACCACCAACUACAACAAGCGGAAACGUUACAACUACAACUAGAACUGCUCCUCCUCCUACAACAACAGAAUCAGACGAGGAUGAAUUAGAACCUAAGGAUGAUUCGGAUUCAAAUACUUACUACAUAAUAGGAGCAAUUGGUGCUCUUUUAGUCUUAACAUUUAUAAUUGUUUGUUGUUGUCGAAGUUCAUCCUCGAGCUCUGGAGACACAGAAAGAGGCGAAGACAAUGAUAAGGAUGAGAGACCGACUCCUGAAAGUUCAGUCGAUCAACGAGCAGAUGCAAUGAAAUCAAAUGUCCUAAUCAAACGCAGCAAAUCAUCUGAAAGUAAGAGCAAAGAAAGCUUUGCAUCGGGUAAACCGAAAAGUGACGAAAAUAUGAAGAGCCAGGAGAAGAUUAAAAGUAUGGAGAAGAUUAAAAGCAUGGAGAAGACUAAAAGUAGUGAACAAAUGAAGGGCGGUGUAUCCACUGCAAGUAAAGAAAGUAUGGCUGGAAAAGGUGGACCGAGUCUUGAAAAAGUAAAAAGCAGUGGAUCAAUCAAAAGUGUCGAGAAGGUAAUCAGCGCUGGAAAAAUACCAAGCAAAGGAAAAAUAAGAAGUGCGGAACUGAUUGGCAAAAAAAUGAGCAAAGAGAGCGUUGGUGCAGCCCGUAAAAAGAGUGCCACUAGAGCUGCAAGUGCAGGUAAAGUAACAUUUGCAGGUAAAUCUAAAGCUUUAAGCAAAGAAAGCGUUGGCAAAAGCUCAUCAGGAAUGAGUUCUACUUCAAUCACAAGCAUCGGUUCCAGACGGUCCAAAUCAAAUAUAAAACAAAGUAGAGAAAGCAUCAGAGGAACUCCAAGUAAAGAUUCAAGUCUAGAAUAUAAGAGCUCGACUAUAGAUCGACUUGAUUCGGGUUUAUAUCCUACUCAAAGUAAGGGCAGCAAGGAAAGCAAAGAAAGCAAAGAAGAGUAAACCCUUUAAUUUUAUGAUACAAUUUUAUUAUGUAAUUUUCAAAUUCUGAUUAACUAUUAGCUUAUCGAUAUUGAAUUAAAGUAAUCGAUUAAUUGUUA